GGUGAUCACAAACCGUGAAGUAAAAACCAUCAUAAAAGCCCUCGGUCGAUAACAAGUCUGUCACAUGCACAGUGGCCGCCGCUGAGCUGUUGACAAACAUCAGGCUUUCAACUUGCCCAAAGCAACUCGAGAUGCUCAAUGACUGUAGGCCGAACUGUGAAAAAUGACCGAAGUUGCAAGAAAUUCGUCAACGGGACGUUUGAUUGAUGGCGAUAUGGACGGCCCGGACAGUCCUGGAUCACUUAUCCAUCGACUACAUGAUGGGGUCAUGAGGGCCAUUCGUCCUGGCUCGUACGCAAGCAUUCACAGCGAUGACAUUGAAAUGAAUAUGACCUCCAGUGAUGUAGGUGGAUCUCCUACUACUGGGCUCGUCGGGCUCGGAACGUCUGCAGAUAAUAUGGACGUCAAGUACAAAUCGUAUAUGACGAUCGUCCCGUCUGAGAGCGAAGAUGUCAUCCUGGACACCCUGAGAUCCCAGUGGGCCUUGAAACUUCCUAGGCUCCUCAUCUGCAUCCUAGGGGGUAAAGAUUCUGAUAUGAAGUAUGACUUGGAGAAAGUAAUCUGUAAAGGUCUUGUUGAGACAGUUCUGAGUACGGAUGUUUGGUUGUUCACGAGUGGAAUUCAGCGUGGAUUGAUAAAGAGCAUUGGAGAAGCUUUGGCUGAGCAUGCUACUGGUCGCGCUAUAAUCAAGAACAGAGAUCUCGUGGCAGUGGGCGUAGCACCGCUUGGUAUUCUAAAACAAAAAGAGAAGUUUAGACAACAACACAAUAAACAGUGUAUUCCAGCUGCAGAUAUACAGUUGGACUAUUCUGCACAAGGGAGCGGUCUCAAACUGGAACCAAAUCAUACUCACUUCAUCUUAGUGGAUGACAAAGGACAGAAACGUGGUAUCGAGGCCAAGGCGAGGAACCGACUGAUCAACAAGAUAUCAACUAUGCAGAUAGAAGGAACAAAUGACAGCAAUGCAAGAAUCCCUGCUGUGUAUCUCCUCAUCGGCGGUGACGUCACGGUCUUCGAUACUCUUGAGGAUGCCACCAAACACAACAUUCCGAUCGUUGUCUUUCCUAAAACCCAAGGGGCGGCCUUCGUACUGGAUGAAAUCAGUUUCCUGCAAAAAGAGCACCAUGAUUCGGAUCAUGACUUCGACAAAGAAGCCAUGCAUUGUAUUGAAGAGGAAUUCCAAGUAUGCUCUCAAACAGCAAGGCCCAUCAAAGAGCAGAUUGAACGCCUUAUCAAAAAGAAGCACCUUAUCACUUUCGUAUCAAAUGCGAACAAUAUUGAUGGUACAAUACUCGAUGCAUUAAUGGAAGCAAACAGUGAAGGACAGCAAAGCAACGACCAGAUGCUGAUGAGUCUUGCUGUCAUCUGGGACCGGAUAUACCUUGCCAAGUCUGUGUUUGAGCGAACCACCAGCAAGAUUUGGAAGGACACCAGCUUUGUGAAGGAAUUACUACACUUAACUCUUGUCGAAGACCAGCACGACUUUGUCAAGUUCUUCAUCGAAGCCGGAAGAGUUGAUAUGCAGGACUUCCUGUCAUUCAAUGAGCUGAGGAAACUUUAUGGAGAGCUGAGCAAAGACUCCGUUGUGUCGACAAUGCUGAGACAGUACAAAAAGAAAAGGGUGUAUCGCUUCAGCCGUAGUGCUGUACUUUGUUCCGAUUUUGAUGAUCAGCCGGAGAUUUGUCUUGGAGACAUUGGGUGUCUCCUUCAGGAGCUGAUAUGUGAUGGUUAUGACACAGACUAUCUGAGUUGCAGUACACAUUACAAAGCAAAUAAGAAAAAAGAGAAAACUUUCGAGGACCCAUAUAAAGAGUUAUUUUUGUGGGCGGUGCUUCAGGAUCGUAUCCGAUUGGCUAAGCUAUUUUGGAAGCUUGGCAAGCCGUCGGUGGGAGGCGCUUUAGUUGCAAGCAAGCUCCUGAGGGCAUUAUCCAACCAACAGGAAGUAACUAAUGCACAAAAAGCGGCGAACAUGUACCAGCAUGCCAAGGAAUUCCAGCACAUCGCCGUGGAUAUCCUAAACAUGUGCUAUGAGGAGGACAGACGGCGCACAUCGGACCUGUUGGUGCGUAUCAUGCCAGAGUGGGGCGGUGCUACCUGUCUGGAUAUCGCCGCUGCUGCAAUCAGUAAAGACUUCAUAUCGCAAGCUGCCGUACAGAAUCUACUCAGCGAGCUGUGGAUGGGACGGCUGGCCGUCAUGACUCAUGAGUUGAAGAUUGGUCUGUGUGUCAUCCUUCCUCUGUUGUCAAUAUGGCUGAUCACCUUCACUGACGAUAAAGAUGACUCAACUGAUGCGCUGAAAAAGAAAAGGAAUUCAGUGUGUCUUCGUGGUUCAGUUGGGAAGCUAAACAAAAGAGAAAGCGCCACCAGACAGCAUAGACUACAAGCCAGUCCACUCAAAGAAGGAUGGGAUCCUCUGUCUUGGUUGCAUAGGCUGAAAAUGUUCUUGGAGGCACCGGUUGUACGCUUCAGCUACAAUGUGAUUUCCCAGGUUUUGUUCCUGCUGCUGUUUAGCUACAUCAUGCUGACCAACUUCCAUCAGGAGGUCUCAGGCUGCGAGAUUGUUCUCAUGGUGUGGGUCUUCACACUCUUCACUGAUGAAAUACGACAGAUAUUGCAGGAGAAGCACAAGUCACUGCUGCAUCGUUUCCAAGCCUGGCUGUGGGGCUAUUGGAACAGUGUUGAUCUGAUCUCCCUGGUCUUGUUCGCUGUUGGUGUGGGUCUGCGAUUCCAUCCAGCCACUUUCGAUGCUGCGCGCAUUGUGCUGGCUCUGGACCUCAUGGUGUUCUACUUCAGAAUUCUCCACAUCUGCUCCGCUAGUAAGCUUCUGGGUCCGAAACUGAUCAUGAUCACAAAGAUGAUGUUAGACCUGACCAGCUUUGUCUGUAUACUGGCGGUGUUUCUGAUUGGCUAUGGAGUAGCCUGUCAGGCCAUACUCUAUCCAAACUCCACCCACCCGGCGCGCAUCGCUAGAGGAGUCUUGUAUCGAUCUUAUUUCCAGCUGUAUGGACAACUCUUCUUGGAGGACGUCGAUAGUGACUGCGCUGCGAACCAGACCCAGAUUGCAGAGGGUAUGGAUUCCUGUCCCCAAUCCUCCUGGUUUGCUACGGUCAGCUUGGCCGUCUACCUGUUUAUCAGUAACAUCUUGCUUCUUAACCUCCUCAUUGCUAUGCUGAACUACACCUUCACAGCGAUUCAGGAAAACACUGACGCAUACUGGAAGUACCAGAGAUACCAGUUAAUCAAGGAAUAUUACCGGCGACCCCCGAUCGUUUCACCUUUCAUCUUGGCUGCUCAUCUGUAUCAACUGGUACGCUACGUGUGGGAUCGCUACUUUCCUGAAUGCAAAAUGUACAGGGCUCCGAAUCUCAUUAGAAAGAAAAUGGAGGCCAGGGAGGCCGCAGAGAUGACCGCCUGGGAGAAGGUAAACUGUCGAGAUUAUCUGGCCGAGAAGAAGAAGGCAGAGAGCGAGGCGACAAACGUGAAACUGGAACAAAUGCAAAAGAAGCUGCGAGACCUUUCCGACAUGAUAUAUGAUUACUUUGAUGAUGGCCGACUCAACCGGUCUUUCCAGAAUGCGAUAAAGAAACAUAUGGACAACGACACGGGUCGCCGUUUAUCCAGAUCUCAGGAUCAGGUGAGUUUCGAAUACCCUGAUGAGCUCCAUACGCGACAUGAAUCUUAUGAAGCCCGGAGCCCCAGGGUCAGCCUAAGUAAGUUUAGGGACCCGUCAUCUACCAGCACACCGAAGAAAAGAACGCUCACAAAAUAAAACGGUACAUAGUUAAUUACACAAACAGAGUGGCUGGUAGUGCACAAGCUAGGCCUAUACGUCCUAAGUUGGCUCUUAUCAGAUCUUAGGCCUAUACAACGUGGUCACGUGGUCUUUGCCUAUUAUACACUGUUAAAAACGUUUGGCAAAAUGGGUUGAAAAUUCGACCAACGCUGAUCGAAUUAUCAGUUGCCUACACUCUUGGGCAAAUUCUUCCCAACAGUUUGACGGUUUUUACCCAAUUCAACCCAAUAUGAGGCAAUUUCAUACCAAUGCUGGGUAAAUAACAUUGCCCAACAGUGUUUUAUCCAACCUUUUUGUUUUACAGUGUACGUACAGUUUUUGAAACAAACAUUUUUCAGUAACGUAUUUUAUAGCAGAAAUGGCAAGGGCUGGGGGUCAUGAACAUUGACGUAUAUGUUUAUAGCAAAGGUUUUCCUGGUCAAGAGAAGGACGUUCAAUAAUAAUGAUCCAAUUCAAUUUCGUUUGAAACUGAAAGCUGUUUUACAUCAACAUUCAUUGGUAAAAUGGAUCUGAGUCAUUCCAUGUCAUUGCUUGAAACAAUGAGAUAUGAGAAUGGGUGAUAAUAUGGAAUUUGUAGGCAAAAUUCGAUUGACAUUCUUC